UGUGACGUCAUGGCGACCAAGGUCGAGUCGAUUCUGCUCCGUGAGAAGCAUGUCAAGUUUUUCAUGCGCUGUCUGAGCAUUCUACCCGAUCGUUACGAGGCGUACGAUUCAAACAGGAUGACCAUUUGUUUUUUUGCUUUGUCUGGCCUUGAUCUACUCGAUGCAUUGGAUCGUAUUGACAGUGACAAGCAGUCUAUAAUUGAUUGGAUAUACUCACUUCAAGUGUUGCCUUCCAGCAAAGAAUUGAAUGAGUCGCCAUCAAAGUAUUGUGGAUUUAGAGGAUCUAAAGCAGCUGGUGCUAAAUCUGCUGCAUCUAUUGAUGACUGUCCAUACGAUGGAGGCCAUUUAGCAAUGACAUACACUGCACUAGCUUCACUUCUUAUCCUUCAAGACGACUUCUCUCGUGUUCAUCGGUCAGCCAUAAUUCAAAGUCUCAAAUCACUACAACGUUCAGAUGGAAGUUUCUCUCCGAUGGCUUUUGAAUGUGAAAACGACGUCCGUUUUAUCUACUGUGUGUGUUGCAUUAGCUACAUGUUGAACGACUGGAGCGGAUUUGAUCAAGAGAAGGCCGUCGAUUACAUUAGAAACUCUCAAGGUUAUGAUUUUGGCAUUGCACAAGGGCCAUCAAUGGAAUCUCAUGGUGGGUCAACGUUUUGUGCUGUUGCCUCUCUGUUCUUGAUGGGACGUUUGCAUGACGCGUUUGCUGCUGAUAAGUUGGAAGGGUUGAAGAGAUGGUGUUUGCUACGGCAACAGACGGGAUUUAAUGGAAGGCCCAACAAACCUGUUGACACUUGCUAUUCAUUUUGGGUUGGAGCUACACUUGAGCUUCUUGGCUGCUACGACUUAAUCGAUCGAGAAUGCAAUCGUGGUCACCUUCUUGCCAUACAGAACUCUAUCACUGGAGGCCUCAGCAAGCACUUCGACACUCCACCGGAUGUUUUACACUCAUAUUUGGGUCUUAGUGGUUUGUCCCUACUGAGUGAGCCAGGACUACAGGAAGUCGAUCCUGCAUUGAAUAUUUCACGUCGGGCUGUUGAGCAUUUACAUACGACGUGUUGGUGAUUUUAUUAUCAAAUAUAAUUAAUAUAAUUAUUAUAUUAUAUUUCUUGGACUGAAGGAUCAGCAAUACACAAAACACUGGCUAGCGAUCUGAUCAAGAUUGCAAUAGAUUUAGUCAC